CGUGACGCACAUCGCUGAGUGGGCGGGCCGCGUGUGGGAGUGCGAGCGCGCGAUUGUAGCAGCGCGGAAUAUCCCAACUGUAGCAGGAGGAGGGGAGCGCGCGCACAGGAAAGACAGAAAGAAAGAAAGAAAGAAAGGCGGAAGCCCGACUGAGUCCUCUCUCUCUCUCUCUCUCUCUCUCUCUCACACACACUCUCUCUCUCUCUCUCUCACCGUGUGCACUCCGGGUUUUGACAGCACACACACACACAGCGCGCGCACCAACACUCGGUAAACGGAAGCGCGGAACUACUGCACCAGGACGCGCGCGCUCUCACAUAUACAUAUCGGUCCGAUGUCGCGCGACGCUUCCCCUCACUGACCCGGCUCCUCCUCUCUUUAUUAUUAUUAUUAUUAUUAUCAGUACAUCCGUGCAUAAAGAAUUUAAUAAUAAUUGCCGUGAAGGAGAGAUUUUCGGGGGAAUCUGGGAGAGAACAAGAAGAAGUCCAUUAAGGUCAUGGCAGCGACUUUGCCCAGGACUCUUGGCGAGUUGCAGCUCUACCGUAUCCUGCAGCGGGCCAACCUGCUGUGCUACUACGACGCAUUCAUCCAGCAGGGCGGCGAUGACGUGCAGCAGCUGUGCGAGGCCGCUGAAGAUGAGUUCCUGGAGAUCAUGGCGCUGGUAGGGAUGGCCAGCAAACCGCUACACGUGCGACGCCUCCAGAAAGCUCUGCGUGACUGGGUCACCAACCCGGCGCUGUUUAACCAGCCGCUCGCUUCACUUCCUGUCUGCAGCAUCCCUGUGUAUAAACUUCCUGACGGUCCUGUGCUUCCUGUCAAAGUUCCCAAAACAGACCCACCAAAAACCGAAGCAGGCAGCGGGAGUUCCUCAGCCACCGCCUCGCCUCUGCAGAGCAGCAACGAGCCACGUUUCUGGCCGGAGCGCAGUCUCUCACCUGCUGAGCUUGGCUCACCCUCAUCCCCGCUGCCUCGCGACACCCUUGAGGCGCUGGACAUUGCUGCCGUUCAGGCUGUCAGUGAGUGUGUCGACAGGAUGGCACGUGCGUUGCCCAAAAGUGACCCGGCAGACCUGAGAGAGCAGCUCAAAGCCAACAAGAAGCUCGCCAAAAUGAUCGGUCACAUCUUCGACAUGAGCGACGACGACCCACACCGAGAGGAGGAGAUCCGCAAAUACAGCGCCAUCUACGGACGCUUCGACUCCAAGAGGAAGGACGGCAAACAUCUCACACUCCACGAGCUGACGGUGAACGAGGCCGCAGCACAGCUCUGCAUGAAGGAGGUGGCGCUACUGACCCGCAGGGACGAGUUAUUCGGACUCGCACGCCAGGUCUCCAGAGAGGUCACCUACAAGUACACAUACAGGACCAGCAAAUCUCGAUGUGGAGACAGAGACGAACCAUCACCGAAGAGGAUUAAAACAGAGCAGGAAGGCUUCUUCGACCUGCAGGAGGCGCUACAGGCGAUCCACAUGCGUCAGGAGAGUCUGAGGGAGCAGCUGGCUCAGGCUCGGUCCAAGGGAGAGGAAACACUCACUCGAAACAUCCAGGUUCAGAUGGAGCGUCUGUUGGCGAAGCAGAUGGAGAUUUUGCAUGAUGCAGCGGCGCAGGACAGACUGCAGGCUCUGGAGUGGCGCGUGCCUCCAGGAGCCAUCAAACACCACCCCGACUCACACAAUGCUAAUGCUAAUGCUAAUGGGGUGCAGAGCAGUGCCGAAAAACACGUCGAGCAGCACGGUGAGAAGCCACUGAAUCUACGAGUGACAGGACAAAGAGGCGGAGCUUCCGACGGAGACACACCUCUUGGAAAACAGCUGGCCAGUGAGCUGAAGCGACAUCACCAGGCCAGCGUGGAAAGCAAGGCAGCAGCCACCACAGAGAACGGCAGUGGAGGCGAGGCGAGUCCCUGCGCUCUCAACCUCUCCGAGAAGAAGACCAUCAAAUGUGAACCUGAGGACUCCAGAUAGCAGGCCACGCCCUCCCGUCCUGUUUUUACUUGUUUUAUUUUGACUCCAUGAUGAACUGUCGUCCGUCCGUGAAUACUAAAGGAGCACAACUACAGUAGAGCCUUAAUAACCAACGCUGCCUCAGAUUUCAUUCACUUCUCAGUUUCAGUUUUUAUUUUUUGGCCAAAGCACCUAGAGCCCUUAUUUCCUUCCCUGAAUAGAUUAGUAGAAGUUUGUGUUGUCACUGACUGUACACGCAAAAACCCCGCCUCCUCCCUCUCUCUCUCUCUCUCUCUCUCUCUCUCGGUGUGGACCGUACCGUCCGCUGGUUGUACAUACAUUUGUUGAUAUGUGGAAAAUGUUUAAGAUGUUAUUUAAAUAUAGUUUGUGUCGUGUGUGUGUGUGUGUGUGUGUGUGUGUGUGUGUGUGUGUGUGUGUGUGUGUGAAUGCAUGUCGUUUUACAAGCUGACGGUUCCAGACAUCAAAGAGAAGCACAAACAUCAUUUGUUUACGGCUGGUAUAAAAGAGGAGCGUGUUGACUCUCAGGUAGAGGCGCGUAUCGAGCUCGCUGUUAGAUAUGAAGAUCAUGAGAUGAAGAAAAACCACAUUAAUGAACCAAAUGUUCACACGCACGAGGUUAUAGGCUCACUUGUGGGUGUGGCCUGCCCGAUGUUCUGAUGAGAAACAGGAGUAGCUACCUGUAGCUUUGUAAGGCUAACGACUUAAACAUAGAUUAAUCUGUGUAUGAUACGAAUUAGUGUGAAAACGAAAAACAUUAUUCUUGGCUUCAUGCUAAUUAACUGUGCUCAUGUUUUCCUUGUAUAUGACAGGAAGUAGGGUGAUGCAUUAUGCCUUUCUGUCACAUCAAAAACGUACCUGGUUUGCGUAUGUGUGGCUCCGUGUCACAUACGAAUAUAGAAAACAAACGAUCGCCUGUUACUGUCCCUCACUUGAUUAGCAUUCAUUUGCUGAUUAACUGCUAAUUACAUGUCAAGAUAAAUGAGUUUAUUGAGACCGAGUCAGGAUCGAGUAAAAUCCGUUUCAAGACCAAACCGUUCACUAGUUUAUCUUCGGUCAUGUACUGGACCUGUGGUGUUCUAAAAGACUGAAUUACUUUGUGUACACAAAAAGAAAAGAUUUUAAUAAACUCUCGUUCGGGACCAAGACCAUUUACAGCCAGAUCAGUUUCCAAAUCUGAGACAAAACCAAGUCCAUUCAGAAAACGUCUCAAGAUCAGACUCAAAUCCGACAGCCUUUAUUAUCACUAUCUCAGCUCUCUCGUGAGGUUUUCACUAUCUCCGCUGUCUCAUGAGGUUUUCACUAUCUCAGCUCUCUCGUGAGGUUUUCACUAUCUCCGCUGUCUCGUGAGGUUUUCACUAUCUCAGCUCUCUCGUGAGGUUUUCACUAUCUCCGCUCCCUCGUGAGGUUUUCACUAUCUCCGCUCUCUCGUGAGGUUUUCACUAUCUCAGCUCUCUCGUGAGGUUUUCACUAUCUCAGCUCUCUCGUGAGGUUUUCACUAUCUCCGCUCUCUCGUGAGGUUUUCACUAUCUCCGCUCUCUCGUGAGGUUUUCACUAUCUCCGCUCUCUCGUGAGGUUUUCACUAUCUCCGCUCUCUCGUGAGGUUUUCACUAUCUCCGCUCUCUCGUGAGGUUUUCACUAUCUCCGCUCUCUCGUGAGGUUUUCACUAUCUCCGCUCUCUCGUGAGGUUUUCACCAUCUCCGCUCUCUCGUGAGGUUUUCACUAUCUCCGCUCUCUCGUGAGGUUUUCACCAUCUCAGCUCUCUCGUGAGGUUUUCACCAUCUCCGCUCUCUCGUGAGGUUUUCACCAUCUCCGCUCUCUCGUGAGGUUUUCACUAUCUCAGCUCUCUCGUGAGGUUUUCACCAUCUCAGCUCUCUCGUGAGGUUUUCACCAUCUCAGCUCUCUCGUGAGGUUUUCACCAUCUCCGCUCUCUCGUGAGGUUUUCACCAUCUCCGCUCUCUCGUGAGGUUUUCACUAUCUCCGCUCUCUCGUGAGGUUUUCACUAUCUCCGCUCUCUCGUGAGGUUUUCAUUAUCUCCGCUCUCUCGUGAGGUUUUCACUAUCUCAGCUCUCUCGUGAGGUUAAAUUACGAUUGCUCCGAGGAAUUGUUUGGAUUCAUUUCAUGUCAUUAUUCCUAGUUUCUAUAGAAAAACAAACAAUCGCCUGUCACUUCAUCGCUUGCGAGUGUGGACGCAGGAGGCCACGUUUACACCAUCACAGUCAGUGUAAAGGUCGUAUCUCACUCAGGGCGGAGUAAAGAUCAGUUCAUUCAUAUUGUGGGAAAUGGAACCAAAAUCAGUCUGGAACAAAUCAUAACAUUAAUAAUAACAUUAAUAAUAACACACAUGAGAACAGGAGGUAAGAAAUCCCAGUGUCUGUCUCUCUCUCUCUCAAACACACACACACACACACAGACACACACACACACACUUGAUUGCAGGUGGUGAAAUAGACCUGCAGCUUGUUCAGUGUUUAACACGUUCUAAAGCCUGAGAGCUGAAAAGGUGAAGAGUCGAAUGGAUUCAGCAGUGAACAUUUGUGUGUGUGUGUGUGUGUGUGUGUGUGUGUGUGUGUGUGUGUGAUCUCGUGUAAAGCGUAAAAUACCAAGUGUGUAGUAAAUAGUAGAGCAAUACUGACUAGCUGUUGUUAAUAAAACAAGGUGUGUGUGUGUGUGUGUGUGUUUACUGUACAGUGUGUGGUGUAAUAGUGUUAGAGAUAGUCUUAGAUUCAGCUGGUGUUCUAAUGUAACUGAUCUGCACUAGUGUUGGACUUUAAAAUGCAUUUUUUUAUACAACUUUCAUCUUUUCCACCAUUUUUUUCCGUCCCAUCCUUUCCAGCUCGUGCUGUACGUUUCCCACAAACGAUCAGGUUUCCCACAGUCGCGUGUGUGUGUGUGUGUGUGUGUGUUUAAUGAAUACCUCUGUGAGAAUAACCGACUGAUCCUCAUGUCCAGCUGUUUUUUUAAAGCUCAGAGUGAAAAGGUGAUCUGUACUCUUUAUUUUUAUAUGAUUAUGCAAAAUUUUCUUCAUUUAAGUGCCAUUUUAAAAUCUUUGUUUGUGUUUAUUUAGUACGUGGCUCAGAGAAUAUAGGGAUGGUUGAGUGCAAAGUUUGUGCACCCUCGUGUGUUGGGUUUCACACAACUUUUCUUAAAAAAAAAAAAGCAAAAUGAUAUCCAGUCAAAUUUGUAAUUAUAUAUGAAUAUAUAAAAAAAUCUGGAAUAUAUGAGAGAUGUAAAUGUUUUUCGAAUUCAAAUUGGCUUUCUGUAGAUCAGAAUAAAGAUAAAAUCAUAAUGAGAGAGAGAGUUCAGUGCAAUUCUCGCUCCAUCAUUGAAUCUGUGGCCUUUGUGGUGUUUUUAGGAAACUCCGCUCAGAUUUGACAUUUAAUUGCUAAUUUUCUGUUUUUUGUUCGUUCUGCACUCUGGGGAAAAAAAAGUCCUGAAUUGUCCCGUUCCUCGUUCUUUGCCGUCGGACCCUCAGUCAUACACCACUGUCACAAAUUAUAUCAAAGUUAUGCAUCUUAAAUCUUGUUUUAAAGGUGCAUUAAAUCCAUGUAAAGAAAUAGGUACAAAAGAUAAAGGGUACCUGCACAAAAACAACAAUGAAAGGUUCUGGUUGGUACAGUUUCUUCCCCCAGAUCCAAAUCAAAUCUUGGAUCAAAGUGAAAAAUUGCAUCAUCUUUUAAAUAAAAAAAAUACUACAGCAUGUAAAAACAAAACAAUUGAGGAGAAAAAAUGACCGGCAACAAGUUGGUGCACUUUUUAUAUACUUUACCAGGGUUCCUUUAUUAAAAAGUUUUCUAACAAUAUUUAAACAGUUUCUGCACUGAAAAACCAUGAGGGGCACAAACUUUUGCACUCAAGCCUAAUUCAGUCAUUUUGAAUGAUGGCGAUCAGGGGUGUCAAAUACAACCUGAAAUGACGGCUUGAAUCACCAAAGGAUCCUCGAACAAGUUUAAAAGCUAAAUUAAAAUCGCAAUUCGGUCGAGAAGGAAGGAGCUCUGUUCCUCCACUAGGGGGCAAAAGAGAGCAAAAAAUAAACUACUGACAAAAUGUGCUAAUGAUACAUCGUUUAUGAUUAGCAAGCUAAUAACAUGUUGAUGCUGUAACCAUCCAUCAUGGUUCCAGUACGAUACGGGAUUUAACGAUACCUCUGUAGCUGCUACGAUACGAUCACCGCCAAUCGAUGUGUGAAACCUGUCGUACUGUUAAUUAAUCACGAAUGACGACACAGAGAAUGAAGGAAAAUUUUAAAAGCAUCAGAGUCACCAAGGAAUCGAUUCAUUUCAAUUUGAUCCACUGCUAGUGAACAAAAUAGCUAAUGGGGGCAAAUACUUAUGCAACCACAGCUUUAGUCCCAGAUGUCAUGUGUAACACGAAUGGGGGGUAAAUACUUAUGCAGCUAUUGUGAUGUUCAGAGCGUACAGUCAGUAGGGAUGAGUACCGAUGUUGAUUACGUGUUCUCAGUUCCUAAGUAUGUGUUUAUUUCGACGCCCCUGAUCUGGACCUGAGUACCGUUUGUGUAUUUCUCUGUUUGUAAUCUCACUGCGGUGGCUUACACUCAUUUUGCCUUAGUUUUUAACACAAGGAUCGAGGUAAUGGUAGUGUAUAAACAAACAAACAGGGUGCUGAAUGGUACCAUGUGUUGUAAAUGGGGGUGGUACCGUUAGUACUCAUCUUUCUCAUGGAUCUGUGUGAAGUGUACCUACUGUGGAUCUAAAGCUAAUUAAAGGCAUGUGGUUUUUAAAUGUGCACUGCAUCACAUGACCUACAAAAGGUGUACGCUUAAAGGUACCAUCACCUCGACAUGGAAUGGUACAGUUAGUACCCUUUUUCUUUCUGAGAGAGCAGGUCUGAUCCAGGAUCAGUGAAUAUUUUAAUUUUUUUUACACUUGCAUUCGGGCCCAGCGUUGAAACUUUACUUAGCUGAGCCUGGUAGCUUCUCACUUUCAUUCAUGUGUGUGUGUGUGUGUGUGUGUGUGAUGUUUUUCCCCUCUGAUGCAUGGAAAGUGAUCAGCAUGGAGAUUGUAUGUGUGUAUAUUCAGAUUGUGAGAUUUCUUAGAGACAUUACCAUGGUUUGAUGAAAAUGGAAAAAAAAAGAAAAGAAAAAAGACAUGCGCGCACACACACACACACACACACACACACACACACACGUUUUGAUCUGAUUAGUUUAUCAGUACCGCUGAUACACAUGCAGCUAAACCGUUACCUAUAGAUCAGAACAUAUCUAAACUCCUACUGUUGUCCCCCUUUCUGCUUUCCGUCCUUUAGAGACAGUGAUCUGUCGUCUCUGCUCGUGCUUCGUAGAAUAGAAAAGGGAAAAAAGUGUGCGUUCAGGACUGUGGGAUGAAACAUUUUGUGUGUUUAAAGAAAAAAAACCCAGUAGAGGCUUUGUUCUCGUUGUUGUUGUCACUGAGUUCAUGAUUCAUGGUUAGGAUAUGCAGUAGUCAUGCACCUCUUGUUUUGUAAACACUAAUAUAUUUAAUUUGUUAUACAGCACAUGAACAUUAAACUCUAUUUUUUGAGA